AUGAAUAAGGUCCCUGGACCUCCAAUAAUGUAAGUCAACCUCCAUUCACCUUCAUUUAAGGUCCUCAGAUUAUCAAUGACACGGUUCCAUGGAAAAUAGCAUACAAAACGUAAAAAGGGUAUUGGAAAACAAAAGAGAACGUUUACCUUACAAAGUAGACAAAACGGGCCCAAUCAUCUCUCCAGUUGCGAAUUACUCCUUAAGCACUCCACGGUCCACCGUCUACUAUCUCAAUUUCCAGUCAUUUUACUGGGAAAAGAAAAGCAUUGAAUAAUACAGGCAUCACGCAACCCCUGCACACUGCUUUCCUUUGAUAAGGGUUCUCAGCCGAGCUAAAAAUACGGUUGCAAAAUCGACCGCAAGUUAAUUCAUGGUAAAAAUGACCAUGAUUUGAGACUCGUCGCGGUUAUGCCUACUGCAAAACUCUCCCAUUUGCUAGCUUGAUCCUGCAUGUUUUUGAUGAAUUAAUGAUAAUUUUCGUGGCAUGUUAUCGAUAGAUGGUGUUUAUUUAAAACACCUUUUGGUUACUGCCCACCGCGAAUUGCGCGUGGACCACAUAACGACUGUUCGACCAUUGUGUCCGACGAUAUUCACCCUGUGCUCCACAGCAAGGUGGAGCAGGCACUGUGAUUUGCGUGUGAGUUAGUUUAUAGUGAAUGCAGACUUGCGCAGCAUUUACCGCACUCCCCCCUCCUCAUCCGCGUCCUGUGCCAAAACAUAGUCAGAAAGACCGCAGGCGGGAGAGGGCACAGGUAGGCGGCGCGACCGGGUCCGCACCUAGGCGUACCAUCACACCCUCUGGCCCACAACAAACAUUUGACUAGGAUUUUAACCAACAACAGCACAACAACGGGUCGGAGAGUGAAGGAUGACUGGGCAGGUAUGCUCACCACUUGUGUACCCAACGGGAGUGCAAGCGCGACUACCGAUAGGGAACCAGGGGCCAGUGAACUACCAGCGCACACCAGGCCGGGACGGCAAUGAUUUGCUGAGUUAUGGCAAAGCAGACGUAAACCAGCCUUAGGAUCCAGAUGGGUGGCAGGCAGCCCUGCGCUUGGCCUUGGUCAUCACUCGUCAAAAGGCCGGGCAACCAGUCAAUCAUCGACGGGGAGGCAUUAUCCGUAAGACACACACACCCAUCUCCUGCGUGACAGUGUUAGAGGUCACAUUAAGAAGGUGCAGUGACAUCCUGAUUCUCAGUCCAUCAGUCCGUCACUCCACAAAAACGUAUACAACUGGGAAGACUGCGUGGACUGUGUUGAGGCGUCGGUCUCAUCAUUCCAAGCCACAGUGCUUGGCGCACCGGGACAGUCUCGGACUCAACCACACAUGCAACUGAAGAGCCACAUGAAGAAGGAGCCGAGAAGCGCACUUCUCACUUGUGAGGGAGACUACAAUUACGUCCUCUCGUUGUGUGGCGAUGGGUGAUAUUAUGAUGGUAGGGGGCGCUCACCGAUCGAUCUUAAGGAACUCACUCAAUCCGUUGUGCCCUAUGGGCUCUCUCGAGCCCAACCAGCAGCCGCACAGCGGCGCAUGAUAUAUAUAGGCAGAAUGCUAUUACCGACAAAGACAAGGGAGACUGGAAUGGCCAUUUCUGGCUUAUUAGCCGUGGUCAGCCAGUCACACCCAACACCGAAGUGUGGAACACCCGAGGCUCGAACUCCCGACCUGUUAGUUAUACGUCCAACGCCUCUAACCACUGGGCCACGAGCCCGUUGCCCUGUCGGUUUCGAUCGGGAAUAUACAAUGGUAGGGGCGCUCACCGACCGUUCUUAGAGGCGUGGACUUCUAACUAACAGGUCGCGAGUUCGAGCCUCGUGUGUUCCACACUUCGGGGGUUAUAUAUGACUGGCCGACGUCGGCUAAAAAUCCAGAAAUGGCCAUUACAGUCUCCCUUGCCUUUGUUGGUAAUGACAUUAUGGGUGAUAUUGUUGUAUGAUGCAGGUACUGGUGGUGGAAAGUAUGAUGGUGUGUUGCAGCUGGCGAUUGUCCACCGUAGGUUUUCCUGAGUGCGCGUGUGACCGAAUAAGCCCAUGUGGUGGCUGAAUGGGCAAGGACAGGGAGGGCAGUUGGGGCGGACGCAGCGAAUGUAGGUUGGUACUCCUUGCACUGAUUUGACAGCCUCUGUGCGAUGGAUUCGCAGGUGACUGACCAGGCCGAUAUGUGAGGUGAAGGUACGGGGACAGUGUGAGGGGGAUAGGUCAGAUGUGUCAGAGUCGGCUUCGGCUGUGAUGGUGGUAUGGUGGACCACAUACAGGCAGCAUCGAACGAUGGUGGAAAUCCAAAUAGCUACUGAGGGCUACUCCUAUGCUGAUCAGUGAGCUUCACUCUAAAUGAUGUGGCGGAGAAGAAAGUGUAGAGUGCGAUGUACUCCUUGAGGUUAUUUAUUUGAAAUUAAAAGGAAUAUACCAAAUUCAUUUUCGAUUAAAACUGAUUUAUUUGCCGGCCGACGUCAAAGUACUCUCUGAGAUUUUAAAACAUUGUAGGUCCAUUAGAAUAGUUCCCAUCCUCAGCAGUCUAUUGACAGCCAAGCGCGGACCCGAAAUGUAAGUUAAGAGAGUCUGAACUUUGUCUUUCAGUCCAAACUCUGCAUUUUGGUGGAGUAACCGAACACAGGGUGACACCAAUUCGAAAGAACGACCAAAAAUAAAAAAUCUAUUAGAUAAUAUAAAUUCUUCUUCGGUAUGUGGGGCAUAAUUAUAUUUUUUUAAAAACUACAGCUAGUAUUGAAAAUGAACUACUCAUCGGUCCAAUAGUUUUAUCGUCAAAACACGACAAUGCAUGAUUUUAUGUUGAUAUGAGCAAUACUCAGUAAUGAAACCAGGAGUGUAUAUUGUCGUUGCUGUUUAGAGCUACCACCAUUCUUUACUGCUGUUUUUUUUGCGACAUUCCUGAAUGUAAAGUUUCUUUGCUAAUCUACACACUCUGAGUACCGGCGGACCGCUGCUCCCGGCCUGUGAGUAACGCGGGAAACUCAUGCACUCUGUGGGACCGAAUCCAAUCAAUCAAAAAUCGGGGUCAUUAUCCGGAUAGACUGCAAUUGUUAUCAAACCAAUUAUGUCGGUGAAACUGGCAAACAGGUUUGCACGAGCUUGCAUGGGCAUGAGUUGGGUGUGAAACAGAAGGAUAAACUCGUGUUGGUAGCCGUCCACGCCUCCUCGCCAGGGCACGACUUUGACUUCGAAUGCGUACGAAUAUUGGGCCAGUCGGGCGACCAAGUUGCGCGCCUGCUGCAGGAAGCGUGGCACUCAACUGAGGACUCGACUAAUCGACAUAUCGAGCUGCCAGCUUAGUAAGCACUGCGAGCAAAAAUCAGCAGUGCAUCUAGAGGUCAUCACCAGCAGGGGUGAGCUAAAUAUACGAUAAAAUUGUACAGUUUUUUAUUCCUUGACGAUGGGCUCGCGUGAGGGUUCAAAACGUCGGAUAAAUAAACAACGGACCCCAGCGAUCGACUUCCUGUAUCCUUCUACUCAGUUAUCUGAGCCGCGCAUGUUAGCCAUCAUUUAGAUUAUCUUAACAUGCCUGGAGACCCAAGCCCUAAUCCCAAAACGACUACUUCUGGCUUAGUCCUUGUCACCAGCCAGUCGCACUUGAUCUCAGGUUGGGAACACCGCGGAUCCGACCGCGAGAUCUUCAUUUACUGAGUCGGACCUUCUGCCGAUUGAGUCACGGACUCUUUGUAUUGUCAGCUAUGAUCGAUAAUAUGGACCGUGGUGGCGGGUGCUAACUGAUCAGAUCGACAUGAGCAGUACAUCCCGAUUUGUUUCAGUUCGGUUUAGGACUUUUUGCGGGUUGAUGUAUUUGUAGAACUUCUUUCUUAUAUCCAAAUACCGUUGGGUUCCUGACCAUUCUUGCAGAACCAAUAGCACUUUAGCGUGGGAAGUAUAAAAACAGUUUUUAAUAUACGAAGAAUAUGGCUUUUAAAAUCUUCGAAAUGAUACUGUGCAUUUGUUUCCGUUAACAGACGCCCUACCAGCCCGCAUUUACAUAGAAUUAUUCAGUAAACUGUGCGUCACUUCCUAGAAUUGCCUGUGGACUGGCAGGAGUACAUUAUGACUGUGGUGAUAGUAUAAAUUGUAGUACAAUUCUGCCCCUGCUACGACAGACAGGGUAUAUUAAUCAGCGCGUAUUACUUAUGACUGAAAGCCACUAGCACUAUGGCAGUAAAAUAGACGCCAGUGAGCAACCAUUGACUGAAUGGCAUAUUCCCUCCUAAUUUUAUGGUCACUAGCGAAAGAUGGAUAAUUUUACGCUUUCUAAACCUGCCUGUUACCUCGGUUCGCAACAACAACGGCGUAAGUGUGAAAUAUAUAUGGGAUGUUGCGUUACCCCUGGUAGUAGGAUUGACUUAUGAGGCCCUCUAAAGAGAACAUGAGAAUAAGAACCGCCUGCAAUAUAAGUGGCUUUGAGUCGACUUCUAGUGGAAUUAAUGUUAGGUUUAAACUUCGUGUUAGGGUAAAGUAAAGGAUAAAGUUAAAAGAUUGAUUUAAAGUUAAUGGACUAGUGCUAACUGCAGAGUCAAGGUUAAGGGGAGGGUUAGGGUCAAGAUUAUGGCGACGGUUCAGUUUUAUAUCAGGGUCAUUGUUGGGCGUAGGACGCGGCAAUAUUUCGUCCUUUCUCGAAUAAUGUGCAGGUCCAUCUUUAUCACAUAGGUGAGGCGGUUCUAUUCCCAUGUCUUGUUUAGGGGUUCAUACAAGUCAGUCUUGCCCUGCCGAUUUAGGACCCAGCCACCGAACUGCAAAACUGAGGUACUGUAGGUGGGCUAACUCAUGAAAUGUCAACCGAAAUUUCGAAAUGCGUUUCCGUUUCAAAAAGAUUAAUUAAGUAGGGUUGUAAAAUUGAUCAGUCUGCAGUAUAAUUCUGUAAUGAUCCAGUCACCUUAGGGUGUCGGCUUCCAAAUGAACUUAUUUUCGACGGCAUGCAAGAACUAUACUCUGCAAAAAAUGAUUACUUAAGUAGUAUGCAAUUUUCUCAUUGAUUUUUGAUGCCCCUAAAAGUUCAAUUAUAUUUCAUGGAAAACAUGCAUAAAAAUAUUCAUUCUUUUAAUUAUUCGGUAGAAAAUCACGUUUUCUUCAAAUUUUAUACUCGAAGGAAGAUUACGAAUUGGCUUGAAAACUUUUCUAAUUCCCGAAUCAUGUUGAACACGACCUGCUGUUAUACUUGCAUUCCGUGUACGGAAAACCAUGCAUUUCCCUACGGUAUUAAGGGGAGAUUAUAUGGGUUCAUAAAAUUAAGCAUUGAAUUUGAGCAAUAUAUUUAACUUUACAAGCCACAUUCGUAAAUGCAGAUGCAUGACGUUUUAUGAACGGACAUUUCACGGUAUUAACAAAUCUCGCAAUUAGAAAUUUUCUUAAAACAAAUUCAUAAUCUUCCUUCGAGUAUAAAAUUUGAAGAAGUCGUAAUUUUCUACCGAAUAAUUAAAAGUAUGAAUAUUUUUAUACAUGGCUUCCAUGAAAUAUAAUUGAACUUUUAGGGACAUCGAGAAUCAAUGAGAAAAUUGCAUACUACUUAAUUAGUCAUUUUUUGUAGGGUGUAGUAGUUGCUUGCCGUCGAAAAUAAGUUCAUUUGGAGGCCGACGCCCAGAGGUGACUGGAUCAUUAUAGAAUUGUGCUGCAGGAUGAUUACUUUCACAACCCUGCCUAAUUACUCUUUUCAAAACGAGAACGCAUUCCGAAAUUUCGGUUGACAUUUCAUGAGUUAGCCCACCUACUGUACAUGCGGCCAUAAUAAGAGUUUACAGCUGGUAUCUCUAACACAGUAAUCCUUUUCCCACAUACAUGGAACUUUUAGAAUACAGCAAACUUCCUUUUAUCAAAGAUGAAGUCUUAAGUCAAAUCAUCUGUGGCGCGUGCAGACGGUUGUUUAGCUUCGGCAGUCUCAUCUCCCGCUCCCCUGAUUCUGUUCUAAUAAGGGGUUCAUGAGGGCGAGAAAGGAGAGAGUGAGGCAGAUGCUUCACAAGUCUGCUAUCAUUGUAAACUAAGUUGCGCGUAAACCAGCGUUCCUGAGUCCAUCUUGCUGUGGAACAUACAGCGGACGUAGUCCGGCAACGACGGUGGGAUUGACAUGACUUGGAUGGGUUGUUCUUGAUCGCAGAACGGAAAUAGGUAUUUGCGUUUUGCUUUGGAGUUGAGAGUGUACUGCCGUCGUCACAUUAAAUGACAAAUGAGCCAGAAUUGGCCAUUUCCGUGUUCCUGGUUUUGUUGCUGUAAACUUCUCAAUUAUUCCUUGUUACUCGUUAUAUGACUAGCUACCUGCGUUGUGAAUUCGCCAAACCCCGGCCAAAAGAAAUCCCCAUCCCUGAGGAUGCUCCAUACCUUUCACGCGCUACCUCAGAGUGGCAUUCGCUUUGUUAUUGACUCACAAGUGACUCGGAACUGCAUUCUAGCCGAAUUAACUCAGAAUCCCAGCUAAACACCUGAUAACGCAUGACACAGGUAGAAACGGAAGGAGACAUUUAGGAGACCUGCUUAAGAGUCUUCGAAACACUUAAUAUCUGCGCAUCUACUUCAGUCCAAAACGAUGAAACGUUUGGUUUCUCCGGAAACCGACUCCCUAUUGAGCAGGUAAAAUGACUUGUGGUGCAAAAUAGUCAACGUUUCUUUACUUGUCACCGCUCAUGUGCGAUCUACAACUCCCUCACAUAAUCAAGGCAAGGGGUCUUGGGUUGGGGUCUUGCUAUCAGAACCGCUAAGUAAGCGACUGGCCGGCGGUUGCCUCGGAUACGCAAGUUUUAUGCUUGGCCUAUUGAAGUUGGGUAGAUCAGGGCUUGUUAAUGAUUGCUAACUAAGCAGAAGCUUAACUUUCAAAAACCACUGAUUUCCAACACCUUUAUGCUUACUAAUCUGUUACAUGUAUUUUGGAGCACAGAACACGAACACAGAAAUUAGAUCUUGUAUAUUCUUCAUUUGGCUGUACUUACAUAAUUAUAACCUACGUUGCCCGCUAGUAACACACCGUCACUUUUUCCCUGUGUACUUUUAGAGGUAGAAUUCUGGUAAAAACUGCUGCCUUCAUCUUUAUAUUUGAUCCACGCGACGGAAGGUGAGUGAGUGACAGCAACCGUUAAAAAUGUUCAUAUGGGGUAAGACAUAGCACAGGAAACAGGGGGUUCACUCAAUUAACAAACACUUGUCACCAAAUAGGAUCAAUGCCCGUCCUCCGUAUUUCACGUGAACAUGCAUACCACGGGCGCAUCAUGUCGAUAUUCCCAUGUUAUUCGCUCCCCCUCCAUAAUAACUCGUAUGUUCUAAAUUAUAGUCGAGAACGUAGGAGCCUGCGGCUCCACUGACGGCUCUUCCGACUCAAGUAGCAUAUUCCCCCCGUCUGGGGAUGAGGCAUUUCUAGCUGAAAAUGGAAAUCAGCACAUUGGUGUUUUGCUGGGCGCCCAAACCUUGGCAACUGCAUCAUGCGGCGGUGGUGACAACAACAGUAGAAACAACAACGAAACACAUAUUCGUGCUCUUAGUUAGUGCCUGUUCUGCGAGUAUUCUGGGGUCGUUAGUGCGCAGAGUUAUUACAAUUCAACCGUCAUAGAUGUUUUGGCAGAUUUUGGAUAAUUCACAUUGACCCAACUGGGAAAACCUCGGCGCCUCGGUGGGAUUCGAACCCACACAGCAAGAGGAAGGCUUUAGUACAGUCAACACUCUAACUACUUGAGAUACGAGACCCCGCUGGACGAGCCGAAUUUAAUCCCAUUUCGGUCCCAAAUGUCAAAUCUGCCAAAACAUCUAUGAAUUACGUAAGCCUGGUAGCUUUGACUUGGCCCAAAGUUAAUUAAAUGCCCUUACAUAUUGCUCUAAAGUGACUUUGUAUAUGCUUAUUUGAACUGUCCGUUUACUCUAAAACGUGCGGAUUCUAAAGCAACAUUCUCCUGUCCCGCGGAAAGUCCUGCUAGUCUGUUUGAACCUUACUUUAAACAGGGUCGUUUUGAAAGGACAAACCGGCUGCGUGGUGCUGUGUUACUCCAACUUCUACCAGAUCAAGAUGGAGGAACCUGAAUGUCGGGUGCUUUGA